CAAACGCGGGGAACAAAUCUAGGCUUUAUUAUCGUCGGCAUCACUGGCUAGCGUUCAUUUCGUUUGAGCCUUUGGGGGAGACGGUAGCUUUGAAAGGGGAAGGAGAAUAUUCGUAAUUGGAAUGCAAGUUUUUGUCGCCCUAGUGUGUUUGCUGCCCUCCCUCAGCUUAUGGGCUGCAGAUGGUCAACCCGAGAACCACAUCGAUCUCCUGGGGGAUCCGGACAGAUACAAUGAUAAAAGACAAAACUAUGGCGUUUGCUGCAACGGGAGACGGAGGGCGGGAAAGAGGAGUUUUAAUGCUGAAUCCAGAUUACUGAAACUUUUACAAUAUGCUCUUCAACAGCCUCGUGUAAGACAAGAAGAGGAGAGUUUGCUGGAAAGGGAAGUUAAUUUGGGAGAUCGUCACUGCUGCAAAACACCCAACCAACUCCCUCCUGGGCACCGAGUGGGGCGCGAGUUUGAAUCCGACCAGUUGCAAAAAGAAAUUAUGUGGAAAGCUCUCCUUUCGCAAGAACAUUCGAAUUCUGAAACUGAUGACGUCAUGAAAAGAGGUCCAGUUCCAGUUGGUGUUAGUUUUGGCGGAUGAAUAUACUACACAUUAAGUUUUCAACUACGGAAAAUUAACCUUUGACCUUAGAGAAGCCCUUCUAGCCUGUAGCUCGCUGUACAAAAGCCAAGAUCUUUGCAAGCCAAUUGAGGAUGUUCUGAUGAGAGACCGGGAAGGUGGUUAGGGAUGUUAUGUGUGAUUAAAAGUUACUAUUAUCAACAA